GUGUUAAGGUGACCUGCGCUGAGCAGACUGUGCAGUUGCCAUUUGUGAGUUCGGUGCAGCCGGUGCAGCAAUCAUGUCUCUGUCUAACAAGCUUACCCUGGACAAGGUGGAUGUGAAGGGGAAGAGGGUGGUGAUGAGGGUUGACUUCAAUGUUCCAAUGAAAAAUAACCAGAUUACAAACAACCAAAGGAUUAAGGCUGCUGUCCCCAGCAUCCAGCACUGCCUAGACCAUGGUGCAAAAUCUGUUGUGUUAAUGAGCCACCUGGGGAGACCGGAUGGUGUUCCAAUGCCAGAUAAGUACUCACUAGCACCAGUAGUUGUGGAACUUAACGCCCUAUUGAAAAGGGAGGUAGUGUUCCUGAAGGACUGCGUGGGAGCAGAAGUAGAAGCAGCAUGCGCCAAUCCAGCCCCCGGGACAGUCCUGCUCCUGGAGAACUUGAGGUUUCAUGUGGAAGAAGAGGGAAAGGGCAAAGAUGCAGCUGGUAACAAGGUUAAAGCUGACGCUGCAAAAGUAGAAGCUUUCCGAGCAUCUCUGUCUAAACUUGGAGACAUCUACGUCAAUGAUGCUUUUGGCACUGCACACAGAGCUCACAGCUCCAUGGUAGGUGUUAACCUGCCCCAGAGAGCGGCUGGCUUCUUAAUGAAGAAAGAGCUUGAUUAUUUUGCUAAGGCUUUGGAGAACCCGGAGAGACCUUUCCUUGCCAUCCUUGGAGGAGCCAAGGUCAAGGACAAGAUCCAGCUGAUCAAUAAUAUGUUGGACCAAGUGAAUGAAAUGAUUAUCGGUGGAGGGAUGGCAUUCACCUUUCUGAAAGUACUGAACAACAUGGCGAUUGGCACAUCUUUGUAUGAUGAAGAGGGGGCAAAAAUUGUAAAGGACCUGAUGGCUAAAGCUGAGAAGAAUAGUGUGAGAAUUACCCUGCCUGUGGACUUCACAACCGCUGACAAGUUCGAUGAGGGUGCCAACACUGGGCAGGCCAGCGUCUCCACUGGAAUCCCAGAAGGGUGGAUGGGUCUUGACUGUGGGCCAGAAAGUAUUAAGCUGUUUGUAGAAGCUGUAGGAAGAGCCAAGCAGAUUGUUUGGAAUGGUCCGGUUGGUGUGUUUGAGUGGGACAAGUUUGCUAAAGGAACUAAAGCUGUUAUGGACAAGGUGGUGGAAGUCACAGGCAAGGGCUGUAUCACAAUCAUAGGUGGAGGAGAUACGGCUACGUGCUGUGCCAAAUGGGACACUGAAGAUAAAGUCAGCCACGUUAGCACUGGAGGGGGCGCUAGCCUGGAACUUCUUGAAGGUAAAGUUCUACCUGGAGUUGAUGCCCUCAGUAACGUGUAAGCGGUUUCUUGGGAUACAUUAGUGAUAUUGAGUGUUCGCAGCUUGGGUCACAGUCCUGGAGAAAGGACACUGAAGUUUAAACCCAGAUACACCCACAAGCACUUUACCCAAAUAUCCCACAGUUCUUAUCUGGACCUAUAAUGUGGUUAGAUCAAUCACUUGGCAACCUCUGUCCAUUGCUUUGUUAGUGUCAUUGGUAAUAAUAGGGGUUAAAAAAUAAUUUCCCUAUUGCCCAGGGAACAUCAUGUACGGACAGAGUGUCUUGCAGCGUGUUCAAGGCUCCUGUGUGUGAUGUGCUGCUGUUGCUCCUAGAUGUAUAUAUUGCCCUGUAGAUGUUUCUUUGUGGGGUCUAUGUUAAUUCACAAAAUUCUAAAUGUUCAACGGUUUACCAGACACAUGGGCUCUCCAGUUAAAAUCCAGCACUCAAAAUAAUAAAAAUGUACCAUACAUUA